AUGACUUUGUUGGAGAAUGUCCUGGAGGAGAUAUGCCAGAAUGACCCUGCCAUGAUGGAAGAGGAAAUAGACACUUCAGACAGCAGAUUGAAAGGGGGCAAGCAAGCUAAGCCUUGGAAAAUUACUCCACCCAUGAAGAUGCUGUUGACAUUCAUUCUCAUAAUGAUUGAGACUCAAAUAUCUAUAGCCCAGAAACCAGAUUCCAAAUCUGCCGAUAUUAUUUUUUUGGUUGCUAGCAGUAAUACAUCUUCCCAUCAUGUUAAAACGUUUAUUAGCAAAGCAAUCCAUAGUUUACCGGUAGGUCCCAACGAGUAUCGCAUUGCACUUGCCCAGUAUAAUGAUCAGGUGUACAAUGAAUUCCAGCUCGAUACCUAUAAGGGGAAGAAUCCAAUACUGAACCAUAUCAAAACCAAAUUUGUGUUCAGAAGCGGCCCAUUGAAAACUGGCAGUGCUCUCCGCAAGAUUCAUGACACCUAUUUUGCGAAACCAACAGCUGGAAAAGACAGGGCCAAGUUUUUGGUAGUUCUGACAUCUCGGCCAUCUGAGGAUGAUGUAGAAGAAGCUGCCCAAAUGUUGCAGAAGGCUGGAGUGAAGGUCAUUGCACUUGGGAUGGAGGAAGCUUCUUAUGAUGAGCUAAUUCUGAUGGCUGCAAAGCAAUUUUAUUUCUUUUUUCCAAGAAUGGAAGAACUCAGUUUGUUUUCUCCGAACAUUUCUAGGAUCAUUAUUGAUGCUGUUCACAAAGAGAAUAAUAAGCCAAAUCAAUUAACUAUUACAACUAUGAACAAAGUAAAUAACGGAACAGCAUUAGAAGCUUGUGAUGGUGAGGCAAUCGCUGAUGUGGUGUUCGUAGUGGAUGCAGGUUCUUCAUCAACCAAAUUCGAGAAGAUUCAAAUCUUUUUAGAAAACCUGGUCUCUUCCCUGGACGUGAAGGAGAAAUGCAUGAGGGUUGGCUUGGUGACAUACAGCACUAAAGCCCAGGUGGUGUCUUUACUGAAAAUGGCAACUGAUAGGACUCGUGUUCUGCAGUACAUACAAAGCCUUUCUCCAAAGGCAGGAAAGGCCAACACUGGUUCUGCCAUUCAUUUCACAAGGGAGAAAGUUUUUACUGAAAGUGCAGGAAGCAGGAAAUCUCAAGGGAUCGAGCAAGUCGCCAUUUUGAUCACCCACAGGUCUUCAGAAGAUGAGGUCAGCGAUGCUGCAACACUUCUCAGGAGGGCUGGUGUGACUGUGUUUGCCAUUGGCAUUGAAGGGGCUAAUGCCACCCAGUUAGUCCAGAUCGCUACUUACCCACCACAACAAUACAUUACUAACUUAAAAACGUUUCCCCAUUUGCCAAGUAAAGCUCUGUUUUUUCAUAAGAAGAUUGUGAACCAAAUCCAGCAAAAGCUCUACAUGGACACCAAAAGAACAGAACUUCUCAAAAGAGGAUGUGUGGAUACCGAAGAAGCUGACAUUUAUUUUCUCAUUGAUGGUUCAUCAAGCCUGGAUUAUCUUGACUUUGUGGAUCUAAAACAGUUUUUGAAAGAAGUGGUGAAAUUUUUUACCAUAGGACCACAAAAGGUUCGUUUUGGAGUUGUGCAGUAUGCACAAAUCAAUGAGCUGGAAUUUGGACCUGAGGAAUAUGGUAAAAUAAGUGAGGUAUUGAAAGCCAUUGAUAACAUCCGCCAAAUAGGUGGGAGCCCUCACACAGGAGCAGCUUUGGCAUUCAUCUGGUCUUUGUUAAGAAGAUCCCAUCCCAGAAGUGUGCCCUGCCAUCUAAUAGUGCUAACAGACCAGAAUUCAGAGGACCGUGUGGAGGAACCUGCCAAGAGGUUGAGGAAUGAGAUGGUCAACAUGUAUGCCAUUGGUGUUAGACACGCUAAUGAGUCACAGAUUUAUGAGAUUGCCACAUCAAAGGACCAAGCUUAUUUUGUGAGUGAUUUUGCCUCUCUGAAGCAUAUAAAGAAUGAAGUUGUUCGAGAGAUCUGUGCUGUAGAAGCCUGCAAGGAAAAGAAAGCUGACAUCCUCUUUCUGGUGGAAAGCUCUCGUAACAUAGGUCCUGAGAACUUUGUGAAAAUGAAGAACUUCAUGAGCGAACUGGUGAACAAAUCUGACAUUGGUCCUGACCGCAUGCACGUUGGCGUCAUCCAGUUCAGUGGUAGGAACAAAGAAGAAUUCCGGCUCAACCAGUACCUGACGAAAAGUGACAUCACUGAUGCUAUUGGGAGAAUGUCUCUUAUGGGACAGAACACACUCACUGGAGGAGCACUGCACUUUGUGUCCGGUUAUUUCAAGCUUGCCAAAGGGGCACGACCUUAUGUCAAGAAAAUCCUUAUCCUCAUCACUGACGGGGAAGCGCAGGAUGAAGCCAAAGCCCCUGCCCAAGCUUUGCGAGAGGAAGGUGUCAUCAUUUAUUCGGUGGGGGUGUUUAAUGCAAAUAAAACACAGCUGGUGGAGAUAAGCGGGAAGCCUGAGAUGGUGUUUUAUGUGGAGGAUUUUGAUGUUCUGAAGCACUUACAAAAUCAAAUCCUCUUUGGAAUAUGUAGUCCUUAUGAUGAGUGCAGGAGGAUAGAACGCCUAGAUAUUGUUUUCGUCAUUGAUGGUUCGGGAAGCAUAGAUCCCAAAGAGUAUGAUAUUAUGAAAGACUUCAUGAUUGCUCUGGUGAAAAAAUCUGAUGUUAGCCAUGACCGAGUUCAAUUUGGAGCUGUCAAAUACUCCGCUGAGCCGGAAACAUUUUUCUAUCUCAAUAACUACAGUACAAAAUCGGCAAUCAUUAAGGCUAUCAAAAAUGAUAAGCCUAUUGGGGAAACGACAUAUACGGCCAAGGCAUUACGACACUCAGAAGGUCUUUUCUCCGAGCAGCACGGCAGCCGCAAACACAGGAGUGUCCCCCAGGUUCUUAUAGUGAUAACCGAUGGGGACUCCCAUGAUACAGCAGAACUUGAUGAAGUGUCAAAGAGACUCAGGGCCAAUGGCAUCGAUAUCUAUGCCAUAGGAGUUGAAAGAGCAAAGCCUGAUGAGCUUCUCACCAUGGCAGGAUCAGAAGAUAAAUAUUUCUAUGUAAAUACAUUUGAAGGACUGAAGCACCUCUAUCGCAACAUAUCUGACAGGAUAUGCAGUGUUUCCAAACCAGAAUGUGGAAUUCCAGCAGAUCUUGUAUUCCUAAUUGAUGGGUCUAACAGCAUAAGUGACAGUGACUUCACUAAGAUGAAGAAUUUUUUGCAAGAUGUGGUUCACCCAUUUGACACUGGUCACAAUGUACAAGUUGGUAUUGCUCAGUACAGUGACAGGUACCGGAAAGAAUUCAGCCUGAAUAUUUUCCCACGUAAAUCAGAACUUGAAACUGAAAUUGGACGCAUUAGACAGAUGGAAGGACUUCAGACCUUCAUUGGUGCAGCUCUUGAGAGAGUGAGGCACUACUUUACACCAGAAGGUGGCAGCAGAAUAAAUGAAAACAUUCAACAGAUUUUGCUGGUGAUCACAGAUGGCCGAUCACACGAUAAAGUCGCAAAAGCAGCAGAAGAUCUGAGAAAGAAAGGUGUUGACAUAUAUGCCAUAGGAGUAGGGAAAAUUGACCAUUUGCAGCUUAGUCAGAUAGCUGGCACCUCAGACAGGAAAUACACAGUUGAUAAUUUCAGCGAACUGAAGGUAAUUAAAAAAAGACUAGUUGAUGAUAUUUGUGAGGAAGAAGAUAAAACAACAUGCUUCAUGGAUGUUGUUGUGGGAAUAGAUGUCUCCUCACAAAGUCAAGGUGACCAUGUAUUCCAUGGGCAGUCCCAGCUGGAAACCUACCUUCCUCAAAUAAUGAAUGCCCUCACAUCCUUAACAAAUGUGAGCUGUAAUGCGGGAUCACAGUCGCAAACCAGUGUGGCACUGAAAGUGAAAAACACCGAACCACUUGUGACGUCAAAGUUCCAUAUUGACAGUGACAAGCUUUUGAACAGUCUUGUGGGCACGGCCAUCCAGAAUGCAUCUCACCUGAACAGAGAAUUCUUGGAUUCCCUUUGGGAAACAUUCCAAGUCAAAUCCGCAAAUCGAAGAAAGGUGGUGCUUGUAUUUUCGGAUGGCUUGGAUGACAACUUAGAAGUCCUGGAACAUAAAUCAGAAGAACUCAGGAAAAAGGGAUUGGAUGCAUUGUUAACUGUGGUUCUGGAAGGAGCUUCAAAUUUCAAUGACCUUCAGUAUAUUGAAUUCGGGAAAGGGUAUGGAUACAGGACACAGCUGAAUAUUGGCAUGAGAAAUAUUGCCAGUCAAUUGUUCAAAUAUGUGACUAACAUUGCUGAACGAACAUGUUGCUGUGUGUAUUGCAAAUGCAUUGGUGAAGAUGGAGAAGAUGGAGACCAAGGAAGACAUGGGAUGGAGGGUCUUCGAGGUGUUAAAGGAAGUCCAGGACAUUUAGGAGAUGAAGGGGAACCUGGUCCAAGAGGUUUGCCAGGACCAGAUGGAGAUAAAGGCUAUAUGGGUUGCCAAGGCGACCGAGGACCAAAGGGGCAGAGAGGAAUAAUUGGCCGAAAGGGAAAUGAAGGAGAGAAAGGAAUUGAUGGUGUUAUCGGAGAGCCUGGCUCUUCUGGUCUUCCAGGAAUUAAAGGUGAAAACGGUGACCAAGGCUAUCAGGGAAGCCCAGGACCACGGGGAAUCCCUGGUGAACGUGGUGAGAAGGGUUUUCAAGGAGAUCCUGGUAAUCCUGGGGUAGAUAAUAAAGUAGCAGGACCAAGAGGUUUAGAAGGGGAAAGAGGAAGAGAGGGUGAGAACGGACCAACAGGCCGCAAAGGAUUUCCAGGCUCCCAAGGAAUCAGAGGACACCAAGGUCAAAGAGGUCAUCAAGGCCCUGAGGGAAGAAGAGGAUCCCCUGGCCCCAGUAGCGUUCCGGGACAACGAGGAUUUAAAGGUCCACAGGGUGAAAGAGGAAUUCGAGGAGUGAAUGGAAUGAAAGGAAAUCAAGGAAGCAAGGGGUUUCCAGGUUACCUUGGAGUGGCAGGUCCCACAGGCAUUCCUGGGCACUGGGGAACCAAAGGGAAUAAGGGAGAGUCUGGUGAUCCUGGGAUGAAGGGGGAGAAAGGACCACCUGGACUCCGUGGAAGGAGGGGAGAUGGUGGUGCUAUUGGAUAUGGUCGGCCAGGUAGUAAGGGAGUUAAGGGAGACAUUGGCAACACUGGAAUUCCAGGAGAGCAAGGACCAAAAGGGAUCCCUGGGCAAAGGGGUGCUGCAGGUGCCGCUGGCCUGAAAGGGGUACCAGGAGACCCUGGACCUCCAGGACGAACACCGGAAUGCCCAGUAUAUCCCACCGAAUUAGUGUUUGCCUUGGAUGUAUCCCAAGAUACCACACCCCAGAUAUUUGAACGAAUGAGAGAGAUUGCCAUAGGGAUUGUGAAUGAUAUCAAAAUCAGAGAGAGCAAUUGUCCCGUGGGAGCCAGAGUGGCUGUUGUUUCCUACAGCUCCGAUACCCACUACCUGAUCCGCUUCUCAGAUUUCCACCGGAAGAGCCGGUUGCUCCAGGAGCUCAGGGCUCUUUCUUACCAGAGAUCAACAAGCAGACGGGACAUUGGUGGGUCUAUGAGGUUUGUCGCCAGGAAUGUCUUCAAGCGAACUCUCCAAGGUGCUAAUGUGAGAAAAGUGGCUGUGUUUUUCAGCAACGGCCCAUCCGACAAUCCAAGUUCUAUCGACACAGCUGUCCUGGAGUUCAGUGCAUAUGACAUUGUUCCAGCAGUCAUUGGUUUUAAUAACGUCACUGAGGUCAGCCGUGCUUUUCUGGUGGAUGAUUCCGGACAAUUUCAAGUCUUUGCCAUACCUAUCAAGGGAGAUUAUACACCAUUCUUAUAUAGACUCCAACUCUGCACCCUUUGUUAUGAUAAAUGCAAACCGAAUGCUGUUUGUGGACGUAGCCGAAGAGACCACCCGGCGUGGGGGUACGUGGAUGCUGCUUUCGUUUUGGAUAGUUCACACAAAAUGAAUCCCACUGAAUUUGAGAAGCUGAAGGGCUUCUUAAUCAGAGUCCUUGACCACUUUGAUAUGUCCUCUGCGCCUGCCACGUCUUCCGUAGGGGACCGGGUGGCUGUGUUGAGUCACGCUCCAUCUUCAUUCAAACCCCCCAAACAGACAACUCCAGUAAAGAAAGAGUUUGACCUGGUGACUUAUGGCAGGACAGAGUUGAUAAAAAAGCAUAUCCGGGAAUCUAUUCAACGGCUGGACGGAGUAGCGGCUGUUGGCCAUGCCAUCCAGUGGACAAUGAACAACAUUUUCUCAGAAGUGCCCAACCUGAGAAAGCACAAGGCUAUCAUUGUUAUAUCUGCUGGAGGAACGAGUCAAUGGGAUAAAGAAGUCUUAAAGAAAGUGUCUCUGAGAGCCAAGUGCCAAGGAUAUGCCCUGCUGGUACUUUCUUUGGGAUCUUCAUACAAUAGCACAGAACUCGAAGACAUUUCAAGUUUACCCUUGGAGCAGCAUCUGAUUCAGCUUGGCAGAAUUCACAAGCCUGAACUGAACUAUGCACUUCGGUUCCUGAAAACAUUUCUACAGCUCCUUCGAAUUGGAGUCAACAGCUAUCCACCAGCUGAACUCAGGACAAAAUGUAACAAGAUCGGCACUCAAAAAUCAAGAUUCUCUUCAAGGAGUCUUAGUCUCAUAUAAUUGGAAGAAGAUAUCAUAAUCCUGUUACAGAAACAACAGAAACACCUUCCUUUCUCAUUGGUUAGAAGGAAUCAAUGGUGAUUAAAAAAAA